GUCCGCAUCCAAAGUUAGGCACUCGACUAGCUUUGACUUGAGCACCGAGAAAUAGAUCGGGCCUUAAUUCUGAAUUAUUAUUUUUUUCUUCUUCUUCUUCAUAACGAAUUAAUGGAGUGUCUAGCAUCUUUUGCAAAUGAUCCCUUUGAUAAACCACCAUGCAGGGGCUGCUCUUCAUAUUUAACUGAGCCAUACAUCAAGUGUGCUGAAUGUGGACCUUCACCAUUUCUCCUCUGCCUCCAGUGUUUCACCAGAGGGUUUGAGUACAAAAAACAUCAGAGUGAUCACAAAUAUGAAAUAAUGACAUCAGACUUCCCAGUGUUGGAGCCAGGGUGGACGGCGCAGGAGGAGAUGGCGCUGCUGGAAGCUGUUAUGGACUGUGGCUUUGGGAACUGGCAGGACGUAGCUUAUCAGAUGCGCACUAAAACCAAAGAAGAAUGUGAAAGCCACUACAUGAAGAAUUUCAUCCAUAACCCACUCUUCUCCUCCACCUUGCUCAGCCUAAGGAAAACAAAAGACUCUCGUUUUGCAGAUGGAGCUAUUCCUUUUAAGCCCUCUGAUGACCCCCCUCGGCCAAACUUUGACUCGGUGCUGUCUCGAGACAUGGCAGGAUACAUGCCAGCCAGAGCAGACUUCAUGGAGGAGUUUGACAACUACGCAGAAUGGGAUCUCAAAGACAUUGACUUUGUGGAUGAUGACUCAGAUGUACUGCACUCUCUCAAGCUUGCAGUCGUUGAUAUUUAUCAUUCAAGAUUAAAAGAGAGACAAAGAAGGAAGAAGAUCAUCAGAGACCAUGGUUUGAUCAACCUGCGCAAAUUCCAGAUGCUGGAGCGAUGUUACCCGAAGGAGGUGCAGGAGCUUUAUGAUGUUAUGAGAAGAUUUGCCAGAGUGGUUGGACCCACCGAACAUGACAAAUUCAUCGAAGGCCACGCACUUGAGUUUGAGCUGAGGAGAGAGAUCCGCAGGCUGCAGGAAUACAGGAAAGCAGGAAUCAAAUCCUUCUGCAGUGCGAAGGUGUACGAGAGGGUGAAGAGGAUGCGUGAGGAUGAGCGGAGGAAGAGGACCAUGUUGAAUGAUGUUCUGCAGUACAUUCAGGAUGGCAGAGCAUGUCAGCAGUGGCUCAGCAAGCAGGCAGCAAUAGAUGCUGGCGUCACUCCAGCUGUCACAACAAUCACAGUUUCAGCAACAGGCAGACGGAGCGCCCCUCCUCUCAACCUGACUGGACUUCCAGGGACAGAGAAGCUCAACGAGCGUGAGAAGGAGUUGUGUCAGGUGGUGCGACUCGUGCCGGGAGCCUACCUGGAGUACAAGCAGGCUUUACUCAACGAGUGCCGGCGGCAGGGCGGGCUGCGGCUGGCCCAAGCCCGAGCUCUGAUCAAGAUCGACGUCAACAAGACAAGGAAAAUCUACGACUUCCUCAUCAAAGAAGGAUACAUCACAAAGGCUUAGGACCUCAGAAGAGGCUGGGCUGUGGUCAGAUGUUCAUUUUACUGUAACCUCACAAUAAUAGACAGUAUUUUUAAAAGAUUUUCCAAGUAUAAUGUUGUGGGUGUCAGUUUUUACAUGUAUUAAAAUGACGUGUUUGUGUUAUUCUUUGUCUGAUUUACUCCUGUUUAAAUCGAUUAUUUAUUUACUCUGUCAAAACAUUAAUAAAUAUAAUUUGGUGUACAA